UGUCUCCAUCAGUUCCUCUGUUUUUGUUACCAAGGGACUUUCAUCUCUUCUCAUCUUUCUGCUUUCUCCUGAGACAUUCUUCUUCUUUUUUUUAUUUUCUUUCUUUGUUCCUCAUAACAGUCUGCAGGGUGAAGGACGUGGGUGGUAUCUCCAAACCUAGACAUUAAUUUGGGGCAGUAGGGCUCUCAUCUGGGGACACAUCUAGUGGAACACAGCUCAAGAUGCCUGAGCCCACAAAGAAAGAAAAUGGUCAGCCUGAAGGCACUGGGGAGGCUGUGCUUCCGGCUGAGAUUUCCCUCGAGGUGUCUCCACCAGAGGCUGCAGCAGUGGUCAAAGCCCCAGAGCACGAACUGACUCUACCAGAGCGAGAGCCAAUAACACCUGCAGCUGUAGAGCCACAGCCAAUAUUGGCUGAGGUUGCUGAGCAACAGCCAAUAGUGAGUGAGAUCUCACAGCCACAGCCAAUAGUGACAGAGCCUGUAGUGCAUGAACAGGAGAAGCCAGAGUCCACACGACCCGUUAAGACGGUGCAAUUAUGUGAGCUUGAGGAGGCUUCUGAACUCCCUCCAUCCACAGAUAACGAUGAAGUGACUGCCAGCAGUCCGUCUCCUCCACCCCCAUCAGAGGACGGCAGUACACACAAGAACCUUUCAGUUGAUCUAUCUAAUGAUAGCACCCCUGCGUCAUCCAGGGAGAGAAAAGACUCAGUGUGGUCCCUGGGAGAUGGACCACUUCCUGAGGAUAUUGAGAAACAGGUGGAAAAUCCUCCUCUCUCUACCUUACUUAUUGAGAAACCACAGGGUGGCUCCAUCCAAGUAGGUGGAGACAUUACCUUUAUUGCAAAGGUAGAGGCCAAGGAUUUGCUCCGUAAGCCAACAGUCAAGUGGUUUAAAGGGAAAUGGAUGGAUCUGGCAAGCAAGACUGGAAAACACCUACAGCUGAAGGAAAGUUUCGACCGUAUCACGAAGAUUCACACGUUUGAGAUGCAUAUCAUUAAGGCCAAAGAGAACUACGGUGGCAAUUACAGAUGUGAAGUGACUUAUAAGGACAAAUUUGACAGCUGCUCUUUUGAUCUCGAGGUUAAAGAUGUUCCAGAGACUCAGAGUAUUGACAUUCGCUCAGCUUUCAAAAGAAGCAGUGAAGGCCAGGAGGAUGCAGGAGAGCUUGACUUUAGUGGGCUUCUUAAACAUAGAAACACCAGAGAGCACAAACAGGAGGAGGUACCUGAGGUGGAUGUGUGGGAGAUCCUGAAAAACGCCCGACCAGAUGAGUACGAGAAGAUUGCCUUUAUGUACGGGAUCACAGACCUCCGCGGUCUGCUGAGAAGGCUGAAGAAGACGAAAAAAGUGGAGAAAAAGAGUGAAGCGUUUGCCAAGAGGUUGGAUCCUGCCUACCAGGUGGACAAAGGAGGGAAGGUACGAUUAAUCGUGGACCUGGCUGACCCAACAGUUGAGCUGAAAUGGUACAAGAAUGGCCAAGAGAUUCGUCCCACUCCAAAUAAUAGGAAGUUUAUUUUUGAGCACAAGGGCACUCAGAGGAUCAUGGUGAUUAACAACUGUCAGCUGAAUGACGAUGCUGCCUAUUCAGUGGUAGCUGGGGAUGAGAAAUGUACUACUGAACUGUUUGUGAAAGUGUUACCGGUGAACAUCGUUAAAAAGCUGGAGCCGGUGAAGACUACGGUUAAUGAACGAAUCGAGCUCGAGUGUGAAGUGUCAGAAGAAGGAGCACAAGUGAAAUGGAUGAAGAAUGGGGUGGAGGUUCCUACUGGGGUGCGUUCAAGAUAUCGUGUAAAGAGUGAAGGCACAAAGCAUUGGUUGAUUAUAGAUGAUGCCACAAAGGAGGACACAGGAACCUAUUCCAUCAUGGCAACUGGGGGCACCAGUGAGGCUCAUGUCCAAGUGGACUUGAAGCCACUGAAGAUUCUACAAGAUUUACAAGACAUGACGAUCCGUUUAGGGCAGCCUCUCAAGCUCCAGUGUGAGAUCUUACCUAUAAAUGUUCCUGGGCGCUGGUAUAGAAAUGGCCAACUUAUCCAAUCCAGCGAUCGCAUAAACAUCAUCCACAGAGCCAAGACCCAUAGGCUGGAAGUUGAGAGCAGCACCCUGCACGAUGCUGGAGAUUAUACUUUUGUGCCUGAAGGGUACACACAAAGCCUUUGUGCCAAAGUCCACAUAAUAGAUCCCCCUAAAGUGCAUCUGGAUGCUCUUAAUGCUCCGGAUAACACUAUCACCAUUGUGGCUGGUAACAAGCUGCGUUUGGAGGUCCCUAUAAGCGGCGAGCCUGUUCCCAGGGUGGUGUGGAUGAAAGGAGAGCGGGUCAUUCUUGAGACAGGGACUCGAGUUCGUGCAGAGACAUUUUCUGACCACACCUGCCUCACUAUUGAAGUCACUGAGCGAGAGGACAGUGGCAACUACAAGAUUGUCCUGCAGAAUGAAGCAGGAGAGGACACAGGCAGUGUCAGGAUUAAGGUUGUAGAUAUUCCUGAUCCUCCUGGACCUCCUUUGGUCCCUGCAGUUGGUGGUGACUGGUGUACAAUGACCUGGGAUCCUCCUAUUUAUGAUGGUGGUUCUCCAAUCCUGGGAUACUUCAUUGAGAGGAAGAAGAAGCAGAGCUCCAGAUGGAUGCGUCUGAACUUCGACCUCUGCAAAGAGACCACGUUCGAGCCUAAGAAGAUGAUCGAGGGGGUGCCAUACGAGGUGCGGAUUUUUGCUGUUAACACGAUCGGGGUUUCCAAGCCGAGUGAUCCCUCCAAACCCUUUAUUCCCCUUGCUGUCACUAGUGAGCCCACCAUGCUGGUGGUUGAUGAGGUGACAGACACGACCGUGACGAUGAAGUGGCGUCCUCCGGAAACCAUCGGUGCCGCCGGGUUAGAUGGCUACCAAGUGGAGUAUUGCAUCGAAGGAACUGAUGACUGGAUCCUUGCCAAUAAGGAACUGACUGAGAAAACCAAAUACACCCUCACAGGCCUUGUACCAGAAUCCAAGAUCCUUAUCCGAGUGAAGGCGAUUAACGCAGCGGGUGCCAGUUUACCACGCACCACUCAGCACUCGAUCCUAGUCAAAGAGGUCGUUGAGCCCCCAAAGAUCCGUGUCCCUCGCCACUUGAAGCAGACGUACAUGCGUAAGGUCGGAGAACAAGUUAACAUCGUGGUCCCGUUCAUGGGCAAACCCCGACCAAAGAUCACCUGGCUGAAGGACGAUGAGGCUAUCGAACAAACGCAGGUCAACAUCCGCAACUCGGACUGCGACAGCAUCAUCUUCAUCCGCAAAGCUGAACGCAAGCACUCUGGGAAAUAUAAGAUGGCUGUCCAGGUGGAAAAACUUGUCGAUACCGCCAUCCUGGACAUCCAGAUCGUGGACCUUCCUGGUCCUCCACAAUGUGUUCGAAUUGAGGAGGUCUGGGGGGAGAAUGUUGCUCUGGACUGGACACCACCCAAGGAUAGCGGCAAUGCGCCCAUAACAGGAUACACCAUUCAGAAGGCGGAUAAAAAGACCAUGGAGUGGUACACCUGUGUGGAGCACUACCACCGCACAUGUAUCACUAUCAGCGAGCUGGUGGUGGGCAACGAGUACUACUUCAGGAUCUUUUCGGAGAAUAUGGUGGGCCUGAGCGAGAACGCCACAAUCACGAAAGACACCGCAGUCAUCGUGAAGGAGGGCAUGAACAUGAAGAACCCAGAGUACAUCUGCUACGACUUCGCAGAGGCACCCAAGUUCACCCAGCCCCUCAUUAACACCUUUGCGGUCGCUGGGUACAACGCGUCUCUGAACUGCAGUGUCCGGGCCAACCCCCGGCCCAAAGUGAUCUGGAUGAAGAAUAAGAUCCCCAUCAUCGAUGACCCACGCUACCGCAUGUUCAGCAGCCAAGGUGUGUGCACGUUGGAGAUCCGGAAGCCCAGCCCGUUCGACGGAGCCAUGUACACCUGCAAGGCUAUCAAUGACCUCGGCGAGGCCCAGGUGGAGUGCAAACUGGAGGUGAAAGGAGGCUUUACAUUCUUAGAGCUGAUGAAGCGUGGAGUUCCUUUGCAUCUUAUUGAUAAUUUCAUGAAUGAGAGAAAGUCGCCGGAGUCGGAGAAGAAGGGAUCUGACUGAAGAGGGAUUCAUCCAGUGCUUUCCCAGUAAUCCCUGUUGCUCAAGCUGUUUUUAAUGACAUGUGUGACCCGUCUUUGGUAAUGGCAUGUGCUGUUUGAACAUGGACCUGUAGUAUUUAAGCAAAGUUUGCUAAUGGAUAGGUGUAUGACAGGCUGCUUUCUCUAAAACCCUGUUCAAGCACAGAUGCAUGUCUUCAGCGAAAUUGGAUCGUAGGUUUCAAAUGUGUAAGACACAGUAAAUGGUAGCAAAUAUGUCAAUGCAUUAUAGUGUCUCAUGAUGAAAAAUGUGUGCCUCGGGGCUGCCAUUGAAAUUGGAUGUAUUAUUUUGGUUUUAUUUAUUCAACACUUCUCCCUCCAGUGUACUCUAGUGAAUCUGACAAAGAGAAAAACAAAACAAAAAAUACAACAAAAGAAUCUCUGUGUAAUAUUGUACAAGAGCAAAACUAGUCUCUCUGACAUGCUAGCUCUUUAACCAGCUAUCCAUUUGAAGUGUUUGCCUUGUUUGUAUAUCCGAUUUUGGUGAAGAUGAAAAUAUCUAGCGAAAGAAGCAGCAAUACUUCAUUUAGCACGGUUGAGUUGAAUACAUGUUACAAUAAUAAAGACGUGUGUUUGUAACAGUA